AUGGAUCGUCGGAAACGUCGCCGGAAUUCGAACAAGAACAAAUUGACCGCACCACAGCUAGCCCAUCCAGAAGAUCAUAACCACCACCAGGAACACGAGACCCUAGAACAAGGGGUAGGACCACCCCCCUCAGAGUUCAUCAAAUCAUUACCGGCAAGCUCUCUAAUCAAAUAUCUAGACCGCCACUGUCUCUUGAACUCGCCCCUUCGAUCGACCCCUGAAUCAUCAUCAGCAGCAGCAAGACAAGCACCCCCAUCCACUUCUUCACCCCUUGGAUCCACUAAGAAGCAGCUAAUCGAGGAUUAUAAUCAGUUCGCCUUACUGGUCUCAUCCACUUAUGAUCCUAAUCACACCGCCCAACCGCCCGAGACCCCAGAGGAACGAGCAGGGAGCUACAAGGAGCAGAGAGGAGCUAAGAUAGACCCCCAGUCCUCCUCGAUCUCCCCCUCUACGUCGGCCCUCUCCAGCGGCGGAGACUCGUCGGGCUCAUCGAGUCCUGGCCUAGCCCGAUCCUCCUCCUCCUCCUCCUCCUUUUACCGCAAGCUGUUCGGCCCGGCGGCCUUCCUGGAAGACGAAGAGCAUGGCGAGCCGGCCCGGAAGAAGCAAGCCAAGCUGGCCGAGAGUCGCGAUCCCCGCGACAGUCUGUACUCCUUCGACGAGACCCUCACUCAGCUCGUCCUGAGCCACCACCACCAGAGCUUCCCCAGCCUCCUCGUCAGCCCAUCCGAGGCCCCCGCCUCCAUCCAUCCCAGACCGCGUCCCUCCUCCCCCACCUCCUCCCCCUCCACCGCCGCCCCAAGACCUCAGGCUCCCCGUCCUCCUCAACCAGACCAACACGAUCUCCUCUUCGCUCAUGAUCUCGACGGCCCCAUUCGUCCUACCCUCAAGAGAAAAUCUAUCCUCAAACCGGCUACAACCCUCGAUCAUCAUGGAUUCCUCUUCAACAUCCAUCUCAAUCAUCUGCCCUCUAUCCUUCAUCCUCAUCCGCCUUCAGAUCAUAUCCGACUCAUCGAAGAUCAUGUGCUCUCUAACUUUGUCUACUCCGUCAAAACUAGAGGUUAGUCUUCUUUUUUUUGAUCUCCUCUUAACCUCUUCUGCUCCAUUUAUCUCGCUUUUUUUUCUCCUAAUUCUUUACUUGAGCAAUUUCGCGUUUUAUUAUUAUUUCAUUUUUUGAUACUUAUUGGAUGGGACUUCAGAAACUUAAUUUGCCCUGUUCUUUUUUUUUCCUCCCUUUCCUUUCCUCAUAUUGUUUUUAUGGACCUGAUCUCUAUUGACCUCCCUCCUUCUUGAAUAAAAAAAAACACAACUCCUGUUCGAUUGUGAACCCUAUCCAACACUCAAACAUUUUCCCAUAUCUGUAUCCCAUCAAAAAAAAAUGUGUCCACUAAAUAACUGUUGUAUUUUUUAUCUUUUAACUAUUCAUAAUCAAUGUUUACAAUAGGCAAUGCACUGCGACCAAAUUA